ACAGUAGGAUUGAGUCUUUGGCUUAUUGAAAACUGAAGUAUCAAUACUUCAGCAAUUUUGAGUUGAUUUUGAGAAGUAAGCAAACAAACUAGAUCAAACUCAGUGACAAUUUCUCCAAUCUCGUUAACCAUUACUAGAGCUGAGAUAUUCAUUCCACGAUAUUUUGACGCAGGCAGAGAAUCAGUUUCGUUCAUAUGACAUUUUGGAGCUUGGAGAGAUGAAUGUGGAUUUAUUAAUUUUUGCAUUUGUGAAUAAAAAUCAACAGUAACUGAUUGGAAACCCAGAUUAAGGGGACACCAAAAACCUUGAAAGCCACUUCAAGGACCUACUGGUGGUAGCUCAUGCUCAAGCCCUGAACAGGCUCAAGAUGAACUGCAACAUAAAUUUAUAAACAAAUGGCAAGAGUUGGAUUAAAUGGACAUCUGGACCGUAUGAAGGGCCGCAGUAUCGGAAUGAACAGUGAUGAGGAAGACGGGGUACAAUCAGGGUCUGCAACGGGUUUCUCAGAUGGUGAGAGAGAGGAAAAUGCACACUUAAGGGGAUCCAAACAGAUCAAGAAUGCAUUCGACCCAGUGACCCAGAUUUUGGACAAAAUUGAUGCAGAGCUGGUCUCUCUGACUCGAUCACAAGGGAGCACAAGCACUGCCACAACAGCCACAGAUUGCACUGUUGUUCAUAGAUCCAGCAGCAGAAACAGCCCCGCCCCCCACACCAAUGGACACAUCACUCACAAUGGUUACCCUGACAACCGUGACGAGCUCUCCAUCAGUCAGCUAGGUAGCUCCAAUUAUAAACACCCAGGUUCCCUGCAGAGUUCCAGUUCCCGCUUUCCUGGAGGCUCAGACCGGGACACAGGCAUUGGAACAGGAAGUAAUAGCUUGCAGGAAACCAGCCUGAUCAACAAGGAACCAGAAAUACGUCCCCUGGAACCUGGGGACCAUUUUAAGGAAAAGAGUGUUGUGGGUCACAGAAGAGCAAACACCGCCCCAGCCCCUCUUAUGUUCCUGAAUGGACAACAUCUUUCAGAUGACGACAAACAUCAGCAGCAGUCAACAUCUGCCACAUUGCAAGCAAAACAGGUGGACGACAAGUUUCGAGAAAUUCUUCAGAAACGAAAAAGUGGCCGGGUCUCUGACACAGAUGAUGCUCAGACAAUCAGGACAGAAGAUUUCGUGGACAAGUUUCAAGAUACCAUGGUUUAUAGUUCAGCAGACGAAGCGGAGAAAAUACGUUCCCUCGAAGAUGAUCUACAUAGCGACGCCCCUGCCCCUGGUUACCCCCCAAUCUACCCGAAGCCAACGGUGACCUCGUCCUUGCCUCGACCAUCUGUGCGGUCUUCCCUAAAACUGACCACUGGUCACAUCAGCGAUGCAGACUCAGUGAGGACUGAGGACUUUGAACAUUCUUUCAAGGACAUGAUGGUUCCGACUGGCAACCAGACAGAGAGUGACCUUGACACUGCCAACACUGAUGGGGGCAAUGACCCCAUACACAGCAAGGUCAAACAGCUUCUCAAGGCCACUGCCAAAUCAUCUAGACGUAUUGUCACUGGCUUUAAAAGGAGGAGAAAAGAUCGUAUCAGCCACAACUCUAGCCCUUCAUCAAACUCUAUUUUGAAAACCCGAUCUAGUUCCUCAGAAGACAAACCGAAAUCAGACCAUAAGUCAAAGCAGCAUGUCAGAAUAUCACCUCAGUUACCUCAGUAUCAAAACCAAUCAAAGGGAGAAGACUCUGAUGACACAUUGUGCUCAGACAAAGAGGAUAAGGUUAUCUCCCCUAGGAGCCAAGACACAACAUUUUUGAAAUCCGGUGACAGGGAUGCUGAAACACACAGAGAAAUUGUCAGGGAAUCUGACAGAAUUCGCCGGGAAAUGGAACGAGAACGGCGCAGCAAAACCAACUCACCAGAUCGUGAACUCCUUCGGGAUCGAUCACCAACUAGGACGUACCUUACCUUGACCAGUCAACCAAAGAGCUUGUAUGACAAAGGUGACCGGCCUAAUGUACAUGACAGCCGUGGUGGAGGUGGUGGCAGUGGUGGUUUAAGUAGUGGUGGUGGUGGUGGUGGAGGUGGCAAAAGUCUGUCUGAUGAAGAAAAGGAAAAAAAUGCUGAACUCCGCGCUACACAGAGUGCAUUGGACGUCACACAGGCGGCAUUGUUAGAGGCGAGAAAAGACUUGAAAAAUAUCCAGGCACAAUACGAGGAUGCCAGGACCCAGCUAAUGUUGUCUGAAUACAAACGUGAGAACUCAACAAAGGAGUUGGCUCGGAUAUCCAAUGAACUCUGCCUUAAACAGGAGGAAUCCAAGAGACUGGAAACUAUGGCAACGAGAAGACGUGAAGAGAUGAAACACUUUGAUGAUAUCGGCUUUACAAAGGAAGAGGCAGUACAGAUAAUCUCUGAGAAUGAGAAAAUGAAGAGUCGUCUGCGUAACUUGGACGCGGUGCAUGCGGAGAGGGACGAGGUGAUUCAACAGCUGGAAACCUCAAAACAAGAACUCUUCAAUGAGCAGAAGAAAGCACGUGGGAGGAUUGAAGAGCUUCAGGAGGAGCUUGAAAAUAUGGCAAGUAAUUUGGAACAGACACAAACAGAGAAGGAAGACCUGGCAAAACGACUCCAGAAGAUGGAAGUCAGUUUCAAGCUGAUGGAGAGAGAGAAGAAUGAACUCAUCCAGGAGAAGACACGCCAAUAUGAAGAGGAGAGGGACAAAUACAGGAAGGACAAAUCUGAUUGGAGAAAGCGCAGCACUGACGAUGUGGAGUUGGUACGACAGGAGCUGGUGAAGAUGACCAAUCGAGUGGCUGCUCUUCAGGAGGAGGUCCAAAAUAAAGACGAGAUCAACCACCAGCUGAGAGAUGAGAUGCUUGAGAUACGAAGGCAGGCAGAGCAAGAGAAGGACAGCAAAUCCUACAUUCUGGAGGAGCACAAGAAAACACUUCAAACUCUUCGCAAAGAAACCGAUUGUGCAAUGGUUCAGCUGCGAGAGUCUCUGUUCCUGGAGAAGCAGAAGACAAUGGACGCCAUGAGGGAGGAGCUAGAGCAGGAACGCCGUGACAUCACUGCCCGCACCAGUGAGAGGUACGAGGCCCGGAUAGCAGAGCUGGAAACCAUCAUGAAGGCUAAGAAUGAAGAGCUAGGCCACCUAAAUGGCCUUGCAGACAAGCUGGAGGCAGAUAUCGCUAGAAACAAGACCAAGAACAGUGAGGAGAUCAAGUUACAGGUGCAGGAGGCAGUUGCUAAGGAGCGCCAGUCCCAGGAGGAGGAGCGUGCCUGGGCAGUGCAGCAGGAGCGGGAGGGUCUCGAGCGCGAACACCGAGCUCAGAUUGCCAAGUUUCACGAGGAUAUCGGCAGGAUGAAGGAGGAGCAGAAACAGCUGGAGAUCCGCAUGAAGGAGCAGAGGGCGGAGCUGGAUGACAUGAGGAACUCCAACAAGACGGCCCUGCACGAGAAACUGAUAGCUGUGGCCCGUGCCAAGGAGCUCAUGAGACAGGAACAUGUGACAGAGCUGGAGAGAAUCAAGGAACAAAUGAAAAAUGAGCACAAGAAGGAAAUUGACAAACUGCGUGAUACCAUUCGUAUCCAAGAAGAUGAACUACGUCAGCUGCGUGAGGAACGUGUUCGUGUUUCCCGACAACAGAAGGAUAGCGCCUCAUCCCUUGACCGGACAGAGCGCACGCUCAUCAAUGAGAUUAACGAGGAGUGUCGUAAGACCUCAGAAGUCCUCGGGCUCAAUCCUCGCAAAGUAAAUCUUUCAAGUUCAACAGGCAGCACUGUAAAAAGUCCCACUACAUCUGCACUGCCUAACAAAGGGGGAGAACUCUUCUUAUUUACGCAAGCCCAAGAAGUGUGUCGGGCAAGUGAGGCCAAUCUACGAGCCUGUAACGAGGAGUUACGUUUGCAUGUCACAGAUUUGCAGCGAGAAUUGGAGCUCCAGCGUAACACGAAUAGUAUUGCAGAUAGAGAGAAGGAUGAAGCUUUAUCCACUCUGAAGCGUCAGUUAGAACGGGAAAAAGAAGAAGAAAUGAUGCGACUGAAAGAGCGUCUUGUACGGGGUUUGGCCACAAGUGAGCACCGCAGCCCUGUGUAUACACCAGACAAUGAUAUAGCAGCACGCCAGCAGUUCAAGUCGUAUCCCAACGAGAGACAACUCCGUCUGGUCUCUGAUCAACAGCAACUGGAUUUGGAACGUCUUGAAAGAGAAAUCAGCAAACUGGCAAUGAACCAGGGUGCUAGCGGAGACUUGGACUAUGCCAAGCGUCUAUCACAGCUCCAUUCCAAGGUGAAGCAACUGCAGUCAGACAACACAACACUGCGGCGUGCCAAACUCAACUCGUCUUCCUCAAACCCAGACCUUAUGGCAAUGGAUGAUCUCCCCAACCACCGAGCGUACAAAGUGCGUUCCCCAUCGCCCACUCGUGACAUGCAGAGAUUGGCCAGCAAUCUGGAGCUGCGUGCCAAGGAACACGACUACGAGACUGAGGCUCUCACAGAGCACCAGCGUCGCAACCGUGACAUCAUGUCGCGAAAAAUGGCGGAAAUGUCCAAACUUCAAAACACACUUACUAAUCAGGCCAAGGAGCUGAUACAACUAGAGAAGGCGUACACUCAACUGAACCAGUCGGCCACAUCCCCCAGGCCAAGAUCAGCGCUGAGAUAGUCCAGCUCCCUAGAGAUAGCUGCAAAUGAGACGAGUUAUUGGCCGUACUUUAAGCUAUGAGAUAAACCAGCUUUAAUUGAUGACAAAGCCUUAAGAAGUAAAAUUAUAAGUUUUGGGACAGUCUAAUCCAGUGUGGAGAAAGAGCUAUCAUCAAGUUAUCUAUGUUUUAUUGAAUGAUAAAUUUAUUUUAAAAUUGUAUACCAACUCUUUUUUAAACUUCACAACACACAUGUCUGUUGUUUCUUCUUCUAGAAAGUAUCCUGUAACUUGUUUUAGAUACAUCAGUUUGUGAUAGCCUGGAGAUCCCAAUAAAAUGCAACUGAUUCAAAGUUAAUUAUAGUUGUAUACCAAUUAGUAGGUAUGUGUAGGUAAAUAUGUAUGUAUUAAAACAUUUUAUUUAUUACAAUGUAUUAAUAUAUUUUGUGCCAAUCACUUAAUUUUAUCUUUGCUACAUUUACUUUUUAUUAUAGAUAAAUGUGGCACAUUUAUGAGUUUACUUUAAAAGUACAACAACAAAGAAAAAAAGUGAAGACAUGAUUGUGUUUAUGAAUAUAAUAUUUCUUAUAUAUUAAACACAAUAAUUAUAUUGUUAACAUAGCAGAAGUAUUUAAGUUGAUUUUAAAAACUUGUAUGUGAUAUUAACCUGUGAUAAAAUGAAUAUUUCAAUAAAAUAAGCAUGGUAUGAGCAAGAGUGGUCUAGAGAUAACCUUUUGGUCAACAGUUAAACCAAUAAACCUAUUUACAAAAUGUGAUAUUAACGUUAUUCACAAACAAUGACAAUUACUUUUUAUAUAAUAAGUUACAUUUAUGGCAUUGUAUUAUACUUUAAGUGUUUUACUAUGUUUUGGAUUUUUUUUAGUAUUUAAGACAUUUAUUGUACCCUUUUUAAAAGUUUACAAUAUGUAUGUAUGUUAUAAUGUGCUAUUUUUAAAAUAUUUUGUUUAGUGUAAUAGGUAGUGUUUAAUUCUUGUGAGUUUGUUUUUACAUUAAAUGAAUCCUUCCAUUUGAUUUGCAUUGAGAUCCAAGGUACUGUGAUAUUGUGUAGAUUACAGAGUGAAGAUUUGUAUCUUAUAUUUAGUUAAACAUGUAUUAACUCGUUUUAUUUUCAUAAAAAUGUUAAAUUUGUUAAAUCAUAUAUAUUGCAAGUAAACAUUAUAAUCUUCUAUAGACUUUAUCAUUUCAUUUAAAUACUGGUGUAUUGUAAACAUUUUCUUUAAUUGCACUUAUAGCAAAAAUAAAAAAAUGAUGUACUCAAGAAAACAAUAAUAUAAACUAUAAUGUAAAUUGAUGUUGUUUUCCUGCAUCUAUUUUUCUGCCAUAUUAUGUGUCAUUUUAACUGGUAAUGUAAACUUCAGAUUUCAUAAAUAUAAUCAUAAAUAUAAUUGUAUGCUUCUUAUUAUAUAUAUUUUUUUAUAUGUACAAUUUUACUUUGAAUAAUAAGUACACUUUAAGGCAAAAUAAAUUAACUAGCUUUCUUCCGAAAUGAAUCAAAUCAGAUGCAUGUCACUUACACUUUAAAUAUUUAGUGGGAAGAUUUUCUUAUCUUUUAGGGCUGCUUUUACAGGUUUUUAUUCGUGGUGUGAUGAAAUAUAAAUACAUUAGCAAAUUAUUAUUAAGUAUUAUAUUAUACAUUUUGAUGUGAUUUUUACUCUACAUCCGUCCUGUUUUAUUUUUUAACUCACCUGAGCACGAUGUGCUCAUGGUGAGCUUUUGUGAUCGCCUUUUGUCCGUUGUCUGUAAUGGGAGUCGUGGGGCGUCAACAUUUGCCUUGUUAACACUCUAGAGGCCACACUUAUUGUCCGAUCUUCAUUAUCAAUGAAAUAUUGGACGAGUUUGAAAAUGGUUCCAUUUGGUUGGCCGUCAGGGGGUGAGGCACUCUUAAAGUCACAAUUAAAGUCUAAUGUAUAUGAAAGUUGGUCAGAACAUUUGUUCUAAUGAUAACUUGGAUGAGUUUGAAAAUGGUUCUGGUCUGUUGAAAAGCAUGACUGCCAGAGGUUGUGGCAUUUUUCCUUACAUGGUUAUAGUCAAACCUUGUUAACACACUAGAGGCCACAUUUAUGGAAAGAUCAUCAUGAAACUUUGUCAGAAGAUUUAUCUCGUUGAUAUCUUAGACAAAUUUGAAAAUGGUUCCAGUUGCUUGAAAAACAUGGCAUUUUUCCUUAUAUGGCUAUAGUAAAACCUUGUUAACACUCCUAGAGUUCACAUUUAUGGUCUGAUCUUUAUGAAACUCAGUCAGAAUGGAAAUGAUUCCAGUCUGUUGAAAAACAUGACCACUAGAGGGUUGGGCAUUUUACCUGAUAUGGCUAAAGUAAAAACUUGUUAAUACUUUAAAAGUCACAUUUUUUGUCCAAUCUUCAUGAAACUUGGUCAGAACAUUUGUUUUAAUGAUAUCUUGGAUGAGUUUAAAAAAGCUUCUGGUCUGUUGAAAAACAUGGCCGCCAGGGGGCGGGGAAGUUAUCAUUCUAUGGCUAUAGUAAAACUCUAAAAGUUACAUUUGUAGUUAACUCUUCAUGAAACUUGGUCACAGCAUUUGUUUAAAUGAUAUCUUGGGCUGCACAGAACAGGUCAGUUCCUUGUAUAUCAUGUGAGUGACUUUGGGCCUUUCAGUUCCUCUUAUUCAGAUAAAGUUAUAUUUUACAAAGUUAACCAGGUUUUACAUCCAGCAUUUGUCUGUGCAUUUAGUAUGACAGAUCAUUAUUUGUUAGUAUCAUAUCAAAACAGAUAGUGUAAUAAAUUUAUAUCUUUAAUAUAUGUAAGCAUUUUAAAAUGUACACCUGUAAUGUAAAAAGAUUUACAUAAUAAACUGUGAUUUAACACAAAA